AUGUCGCAUCGACUUUCAAGAUUCUGGACCAAGAACUGGAAAAAUCGCCUCUCUUUCUCCUGGCUUAUGGAGGCAGAGAGGCCAGCACGGACGAUAGCCAUAGUGGAGGGCGGCAAGAGUCCGGAAACGGGACGAAACUUAUACAUGGCUGCAAAAGCAUUGAAUGUAUCGGUGGUCGUCCUUGAUAAGCCGGGACACUGGCUUGAAGGCCCCGAAUACGCAGAUUGGCGAGCAGCUUUCCUCCCUGUUGAUAGAAGCCCCAACGCCAGGUUACCGGAUAGGAUUGUCGAAGCACUAGAAAAAUAUAGCAGAGAAAAGGGAGCUUUGAAGAUUGACGGACUGGUGACGUUUUUCGAUCCACUGUUCGUCGGAGUCGCGGCGGCUGCGAAGAAGCUUGGAUUGACCACACCGAGUCCAGAAGCAUAUGCAAUUGCGACUGAUAAAUUCAAGACAAGCAUCGCGGAAGGACGCCCUGCCUACCGUGCUUCAAGCCCUGACGAAGUAGCAAAAAAUAAUUCAAGAUACGACCCUGAAUUAUCCACUCAUAGUCAAGCCCUGCAGCGGCUGGGGCUCCGAGGGCGUCUUCCGUGUCGAUAA